AUGGACGUCGGUCUCGAGGAUCGCAUGCUGUCGCUGGAUUCUGUCACUGACGAGUUCCUGCGAGCUGCAUCCGCCGUCGGAUCAGUCGUCGAGGAGAAAACUGGGAGCCUUGGCGGAUUGUUGUUGACGAGGCAUCUUGCCGGCAUCUCAGUGGCGGACGACGAAGCUAACAUGUUUGUUAGCCAAGACAGGACAAGAUUGAGGUCCUUAUCUGGCCAAAAUCCCGCGUUUGUUUACCAUGAUUACGGCCCGACAGAUUGGAUGAGGCCCGCAAUGAACAGUGCACAAAUCCUGCUUUCUGUUGAUUAA